GUGGAGGUGGGCGCUGCUCUGGAUGUUGCUGCGGGGAGCGCGCAGCCUGGUGGGAGUGUGCCGGGGGGAGCUCCCAAAUGGUGCUGAUAGCUGCAGCAGGCUACUUAGGGAAGGGGUCCUGCACCCCAACCCUGCCAACAUCUCUGGCCUUCGGGAACUUUCGGACACCCCGGUGAAGACUGGUGGCACCUCGGACACUGCAGGCAGCGAUGUCAUGACAGGCAGCCCCCAGGGUGAGGAGGGGGUCACACCUACCACCACCCCAGUCCCCCCACCACCCACACACUGCUGUGGGACCGGCUGCCCCAACUGUGUCUGGGUCGGGUACAUGGAGGAGCUGCUGGAGCGGUACCAGGAUGGGGGUGAGCAGGCCUUGGCUGCCAUCGAGAAGCACGUGGAGGAUGAGAACAUUAAAAUGAUCCUCAAGAUGGAGAUCAGGCUGCGCAUGGGGAAGAACUGAACCUACCCCAUCCCCCCCAAAAACCAGCAAGUGACACCCCCAGGGAGCCUCUGCUCCAGGCUGGACAGUGGGACUGAACUUGGCUUAUUUAUUGUAUUGACUUGUGUGUGUUGAGCUCUGACAGAGAGCUGAGAACUGGGCAGUGUUGAGCAUGGGAUCCCACGUGAGUUUCAAUACAGGUGGUGCCCAGCUUGUGUCUCGCCUCUCAAUCUGUAGGGGAACUUGCCCUUGAGGACAGGCAGCAGCUCACGCAUGUCCUGAGCCCUGGAUUUCCCAGCAGCCACGUACCCCAUCCCCCUGGGAUGGAAAAUCCCUGCCAAGGGCUUGCUGGCAUGGCUCCCCCCACCACUGCUCUUGCUUCGUCCUUGUGCUCCCCUGCUUGGACUUUAAGCAUCUUCUGCAGCUUGGCUGUGACCUGGUGAUUGGGGAGGGCUGGGAUGCCACACCAGGCAACCCUCCCCAUCAGCAGCCUAAGCCUCUUAGGGGCUUCUCCACAGGAAGGGUUUGCAGGGGGGCACCCAGGCAUGCUGCCCCUUCCCCUGGCAGGAGAUGCAGGCAGCGUGCAGCCCUAGGCACGUGGGGCUCAGCAGCUUCCCAGCAAGGGCACCAGCCCCAAGGUCACAGCCUGCCAUGCUGUUCUUGACAGUGCCUUUUCUUCCUCAGUUGCCUUUGCCACCAUCUUAACCCCCCAUAAAUUAAGCCCAGCACAUCUUCCCUUUUCCAUGCUGCCUGGCUGGGCUGGGAGGGGCUUCUCAGGGUCUCCUGCAGAUCCCAUGUCCUCACAGACCCUCACAAAGCCCUUGAGUAGCCCUCACUAAUGAAAUUCAGCAUCAACAGCAGGGUCCAACUCUUUGCUGGAGCAGUAGCUGGGUCUGCUGGCCUCAUGGAAAACACUCCUAGAUCCCUCUAAUCCUAUUUGUUGGAGUCCAACUAAUUGCAAUUAGUAGCAGAGGCUGAAGUUCAAUUAAAG